GCGCCCCCGCCGGUGUGAGGGGGUGAGGCUCACGCCCUCAGGGCCUCUGCCUCGUAGUCCCGGCCGGGAGGCUGGGCUGUGUCCCCGCCAUGGAAAAAUAUGAGUCGUUCUGCCCUAGCUGAGCAGGUGCUCUGGGUGUGUCCUGUGGCCGGCAGGUGCUGGAGCAGCUCCAGCCCGGGGCACUGGGCACAAUGCUGACAGCUCAGCUGGAAACAGACGGGGGUGCCCAGAAGAAAUUUGCAAUAAAGCAGGUGGAAUGCAUUGACCAACACCAAGCAAAUGUGGCCUUGAAGGAGGCAAUGGAUUUGCUAAAACUCCGCCAUUCUAACAUCUGUACUUACAAGGAAUUUUUUGUGACUUGGAGUAACGAGGUCCCGUCUCUGUUCCUCUGCCUGGUGAUGCAGCACUCAGGCCAAGGAGAUCUUUCAGCUCUAAUCGAGGAGAAGAGGCAGAAGUCAGAAAAGAUAAGAGACACGGUGGUUGAGAAGUUCCUAGGACAGAUGGUGGAUGCUUUGUUUUACAUACACAAACAAAAUAUUUGGCACAGAAAUGUCAAGCCAUCAAACAUCCUUGUGACCAGUGAAACAUCCUUCAUGCUGAGUGACUUCAGUACUGAAACACUUAUGAAAGAUGAGCUGAAAUGGAAAAUAAGAGUGGAAGAAGAAAGCAAGUCUUGGAUGGCUCCAGAAACAUUUGGAUUUUCUUUCACUGAGAAAUCUGACAUCUGGUCUCUGGGCUGUGUCCUCCUUGAUAUGAUGAGCUGCUUUGUUCUCAAUGCAGAAGAGAGAAAUUCCUUACUGCAAGAAAUCAGAGGGGGCAGCAGCUGCCUUGAGCGAGUCCUGCCCCUGAUGCAGGAUGGAGAAAGCAGCUAUUUGCCUUUCUUUCCAAUUUUAUUGAUGAUGCUACAGGUUGAGCCCAGCAUGAGGCCCACAGCAAGGGAUCUGGUUGCUGUUCCAUUUGUUAGGAAAUGCCUGACUUCUGCUGGUGACACCUCCAUAAAACUGAAGAAGUCUCUGUCUCCCAUAAUAAUAGAUCUGGUCUUUCAGGGAGGAGUUGAAAAUGUUCUAGAAUUCAUGCAGGCUUCCUGGGAUAUUGAAGAAGUCCAGACUAAAGGCAUUCAGCAACUUGCCAGCUUUGUAAAGGAUAAAAGUGCAUUCCCCUACCUGCUAACAUGCACAGAAGUGAUUGCUCUUGCCAUGAGGACUCACACAGAUUCUCUGGAGUUACAAGUGGAAGGCUGCACUUUAUUGCUUGAAAUUCUUAGCCAAGCUCUGGAGCAGGGGGUGAUGAUGGCCCUGGAUGAGAGUGUGGCCAGCUGCCUGUUACACACUGUGAGAAAACAUUCUGAAAAUGAAGAGUUCCUUUCAAUGCUCUGCACGUUAUUGAUGAUGGUUUCAGCCAGUGAAGUAGCUGCGGAGAACCUAAGGAAAGUUGGAAUCAUUCCAGACCUCCUGUUAAUUUUAAGACGUUUUCUUCAUAAUGACAAGAUCUGCUUCUCUUGCUGUGCCGUUCUGUGGAGCUUGGCUGUGAGUGGUAAUUCAGAGAACAAUGCAGACCAAGCAGUGCUGGAAAGUGCCCUCCCUGUCACCUCUGCAGUGCUUCAGGAGCACCUCCAGAACGGAGCCGUGGCAGAGUCAGCCUGCUCAGCUCUGUGGGCACUGGCACUCCAAGGUUGUUUAAGUGACAGUGACUAUGAGCCCACAGCAGCACUUUUGCUGGAUGCAGUCAGGAUGAACCCAGAAAGAGCAGUGCUGGUGAAGAAUGGCUGCCUGGCAUUAGCCAGCCUUGUGAGGCUCUCAGAAACUGCAGCUUUGGCAAUUCUGCUGGACUCCAAAGGCAGUGGAGUAGAGCUGAUCGAAGAUGAGUAUCACCUUCACCUCGAUGAGCCAGCGGUGGCAGAAGCUCUGUGCCUGCUGAUGAACGAGAUGGUUCAGUAUGAUGAGGUUAUGCUGGCUAUGAGGUCCCAUAAAAUGGAAAAGCUGCUGUCUGAAAUAAAACUCCAGUUUCCAUUUAGCACGGAGAUUCAGACCCUGGUGGGUGCAACACUUUUGAAACUGAGGAAGGAAAAACGCUUUGUCUAAGAGCAAGACUUGGCCACUGCUGGAUACAAAAGCCUGGAUCCUCCCUUAGAAGAUUCUUGCACCAGAAAAAAGAAUAUUGGGCUAUUAAUAAUAUAUAAACAGGUAUUUAUUGCUGGUUUCGGUACCACAACAGUGUAAUUAACAGCAAUAAUUAACAAUUUACCUUGUAGUGGCCCUCGACAUACUUGAAAUAAAGAUUUUAAUCCUCUGAGUUUUGACAAAGCAA